AUGUCACCAUUCAUUUCAAGAUCUACUGCAAACCCAAAGCUCAAAACAGCACAAACUACAAAGGAAAUGUCAGAAACUACGGGGACGACACAUUCCACAGAAAAUGUUUUGACCAGGACUACAGAGAGUAAUUUAUCAACAGCAGAAACUAAAACCUCACCUCAUUCCAAUUCAUCAGAAAUAUGUACAGACAACGAUUGUAAUGGAUUUUCAAGUGUGUUUAAUUCUUCUUCACGGACCUGUCAGUGCCACUGCCAAAAUUUUACUGUUGGGGCUAAAUGUUUGUUCGGAGACAACUAUACUGAUGUUACUCCUGGAGUUAAUCAGAGUCUGCCAACAUUGAAUAUAAAUAUUAUAAUCAUAAUAAACAAGACAUUCAAUGAUUCAUUAAAAAAUUCUACAUCAUCUUUGUACCAGUAUUACAGCAAUAUUAUAAUAAAGCAGCUCACGGACAUUUGCAAGCCAGUUGCAGAGGCCAACUUCCAGGGUGUAGAAAUAAUUCAAUUCAUGAAAGGCAGCAUCCGUGCAGAAAGUAUUGUAAAAUAUGAGUACCACAAUAACCAAAGUGACAUUGACUUCCUAAACAAUGUGGUUACAGGUCAACUAAACAAGACUUUACACUCUAAUCUAUCCAGUCUCAUUACGAAAGCAUUAAAUGCCAGUACAACACUGGACUACUUGAACUACAGUGAACCUAUUAAAGAUGUCUCAGAGCUAAAGCCCUAUUUGAUGUGCAGCAUUAGCUUUUUAGGUUACACAAAGGAAGUUAUACAUGCUAACACAACAAAUGGAACAGUGAGGUGUGUAGGAAGCUGUGCCCGAGGUUAUUCUUGUUCCGGUCAUGGACAGUGUGAAAACAGACAGACUGGACCAGUAUGCAGGUGUUUUGCUAAAACGUUUCAGUUUUACAGUGGCGCUCACUGUGAAAUCCUGGAAAGAAGUACUGGCUUUUAUGCUGUUGUUUUUGGAGUUACUGGGGCCGCCUUGCUUCUUCUUAUUAUCAUCAUCUUGUCUAUCAUAGUGUGCAAGAAGAACUUACAGUUAAAAACAUUACAAGUGAGUAAUAAGCAGAGACGAUGGUUUACACUUGAAGAAGAUCGUUUUAAUUUUUAUAACACAGACUUGUCAACAAAGGCAACAAGUGAAGAUGUGAUACAUGGGAGAUUUGGACGAUAUGAUUUUAGAAGAAGCAAUGCAGAAUCUAGUGAGUCCUUACAUGGAAGAUUCACUUCAAAAGAUCCUUGCUGACACAACACACAGAGUGGAUGACAGGUGAAGAAGCCAAAGAUGGAAAUGUCUUUUGUGAUCACAGAAAAUACUGCUGCUUCACCUCAUUGUUUUAUUUGUUUCCUCACAAAGUAUCUACCUGUUUCUUGAGCACAGAAUGACAUGCAAUAAAAUCAACUUUCUUUUAUUUCUCAUCAGAAUCACAACAUACUUUACAUUACAAUACAUUCAAAAUAUACACAAGAAAGAGAGUAUUCCCAAAAAAAAGUAUUCCCAAAAAAACCUUUUUAUGUAUGUUACAAAAUGUACAAAUUAAAACAUCCUUUUUAUACUGUAUCAUGUAAAAAUGAGAAAGAAACCAAUUUGCAGUAGAAAAGCUAUAAAACCAGGGUGCUUUUCUUUUUUCUAGUAUUUUAUGUUUUAAAAAAUCUUCAACAAACAAGAAAGGCAGAGCAAAGCUAAAUCUGUUACUGCUAUGCAGUAAGCACUUAUUUUACAGAAAGUGGUCCACCUUGGUUAACACUUUAAUUUCAUACUGCAUGAACUUAACAGUUUUGCAUAGUAUGUCUAUACUCUAAUGCAUACAAGUAGAACUACCACUUUUUAAAUUAGUGUCAGAUCAUUUCUAAGUAAGCAAAGCACUCCAGUGAACUGUUAAGAUGUCUUUUAAUAUGUUAUUGUUUGUUCUUCAUCUAAAUUGUGCAUUGUUCCUUUAAUAUGUUAUUUAAUAUUAAUUUUCAUGGAAACAUUUCUUAAUAAAGAGCUGUAGAAUUGUAUUCAUUACACUACUAUCUGUAGAACUGUACUCUUUAAACCACACACUGCUGAAACAUCUUAAUUAUGUUAAUACUUUAAGCACUUUUUAAAGUUAUACUAUGUGAUGACAGUUGAUUUGAGCACUGUAUUGUAAGUAUUGUAUGGUAGAAAACUGAUAGUACAGGUGAAGGGUAAAGGAAUAAAAACAGGAGAAAAGAAAGAUGUGCCAUGCUCUGAGCUUUCAAUUAAAAACUCAUUAUCUAUUCAUGACUUGUAUAGGUUUAUUGUGGGUUUUAGUUGCUUUACAAAAGUGACUCAAUAAGAAUGACACUUUUUGCCUUAUCUUCACUUUUGAAAUGCCUUUAUAUUACUCAGAGAAGUUUUAAUCAAAGAAGUUUCUUGAAAUCUCUCAAAUCAUAUUAUAGUAGAAUCCUCAUUUCUUAUAGUGAAGUGACACUUGGUAAAACAUUAGAAUUUCUGUUUAAUCUCUCUCUGAAAAAAUGGCUAUAUUUUGAUAUGCUUUGUUAAUAUUUUUGAUUUUUAAGCAGCCUGUACUGUGCAAUAAAACUAAAAAGUAUGGAUUAAAAAUAAAUAUUAAAUGUUGAAAA